AUGGCAUGCGAGCUCCAAGAGAAGCUCUGGGCGCUGGCGGAGCGCCGGCCCUCCGAGCCCUGCAAGCUCUUAGGCCAGGCCUUCGCAGGAAAGAAGAGCGUGGGCGAGCUGUCCAAAGCCCCUCAGACAACGGACCCGGGCCUGAAGUCGGCGCCGCCCCGGGAGUUCCUCCACUCUGCGGUGGCGGAAGACUUGGAGAAAGCGCUGGUGGAGGUGUACAACAAGGGCUCCCGCCGCGUUGUCUCCGACCUGGGGGAGAUCCUCAUGAAGCAGUGA